AGGCGGGGCCCUGGGGCCCUCCGGCGCCAGGCGGGGCAUGGGCCGGGGGCCGCCCCCAUGAGGGUCCCAGGAGGGGGGCGCGCGCUGCAGCGGCGGGGUCAUGGGGUCUCAAGUGUUGCAGAUCCUGCGCCAGGGGGUGUGGGCCUCGCUCACCGGAGGUUGGUUCUUCGAUCCGCAUCAGAGCACCUUCUCCAACUGCUUCCACCUUUAUGUCUGGAUCUUCCUGCUCACCUUUCCAUUCUUGCUGUACAUGGUCCUGCCCCCCAGCCUGAUGGUAGCCGGUGUGUACUGCCUCGUGGUGGCUGUCAUCUUUGCCACCAUCAAGACUGUAAACUAUCGGCUGCAUGCCAUGUUCGACCAGGGGGAGAUUGUGGAGAAACGCAACUCUACGAUGGGAGAGCAGGAGGAGGAGCCUGCCCAGGCGGACAGCAGCCUGCCCAGGGACCCCGGAGUGGAGAUGACAGUUUUUCGGAAAGUGAGUUCCACACCUCCGGUACGCUGCAGUUCCCAGCAUUCUGUGUUUGGCUUCAACCAGGUCUCGGAGUUACUGCCCCGGAUGGAGGACUCUGGGCCUCUCAGAGAUAUCAAGGAGCUCGUGCGAGAGCAGGGCAGCAACAAUGUGAUCGUUACCUCUGCCGACCGAGAGAUGCUGAAACUCAGCUCACAAGAGAAACUGAUUGGAGACCUUCCCCAGACGCCCCCAGGAGCUAUCCCAGACACCUGUCUCCCCAGCACGGACUCUUCGGAGCGUUCUCCCUUGGCCGGAGAUGGCGCUCCCUGGGGUGGGAGCAGUGUGGCCGACACUCCCAUGAGCCCCUUGCUGAAGGGAAGCCUCAGCCAGGAGCUGAGCAAGAGCUUCCUGACUCUAACCCGGCCUGACCGGGCCCUGGUGAGGACCAGCAGUCGACGGGAACAAUGCUGGGGAGCCAAUGGCUACCAGCCCCUAGAUCGGCGGGGCUCUGGUGAGCCCACACCCCAGAAAGCCGGCUCCUCAGAUUCCUGCUUCAGUGGCACUGACAGGGAGACCCUGAGCAGCUUCAAGAGCGAGAAGACCAACUCAACACACCUGGACAGCCCACCUGGUGGGCAGGCCCCUGAGGGCAGUGACACCGAUCCCCCCUCUGAGGCUGAGUUGCCUGCCUCACCAGAUGCUGGGGUUCCCUCGGAUGACACAUUGCGUUCCUUCGACACAGUUAUUGGAGCAGGGACACCACCAGGCCCUGCCGAGCCGCUCCUGGUUGUGCGGCCCAAGGACUUGGCCUUGCUGCGGCCUAGCAAACGGCGGCCACCCGUGCGAAGACACUCUCCACCUGGCCGUGCCCCUCGAAGGCCACUUCUUGAGGGUGCAGGCUUCUUUGAGGAUGAGGACACCAGCGAGGGCAGCGAACUGAGCCCAGCCUCCAGUCUCCGAUCACAGCGCUGCUACAGUACCGACAGCUCUUCAUCUACCUCCUGCUACUCCCCUGAGAGCUCCCGGGGUGCAGCAGGCGGGCCUCGGAAGCGGCGGGCUCCUCAUGGGGGUGAGGAGGGGACUGCUGUGCCCCCUAAACGGCCCUAUGGGACUCAGCGGACGCCCAGUACUGCCAGCGCCAAAACACAUGCGCGUGUGUUGAGCAUGGAUGGGGCCGGGGGUGAUGUCCUGAGGGCUCCCCUCGCUGGCUCCAAGGCUGAGCUGGAGGCUCAGGUGGGAGUGGAGCUGGCUGCCGCUGCUGGUGAGCCUGCUGGACUGCCUGCUGAGGCCCGCCGGGGACCUGCUGCCAACCAGCCUGGCUGGCGGGGGGAGCUGCAGGAGGAAGGUGCUGUGGGAGGAGCCCAUUCCACCAGCACUGAUCACCCUCUGUCACUUAUAUUCGGGGGCCUCUCACUGGCAGCAGCGGAGGAGACAGGCAAGCGGGAGUGCUCGAGCAAUGUGAGGCGGACCCAGGCCAUACGAAGACGCCACAAUGCAGGCAGCAACCCCACCCCUCCAGCCUCUGUCAUGGGCUCCCCGCCCAACAGCCUGCAGGAGGCCCAGCGGAGCCGGGCUGCCUCCCACUCGCGGGCGUUGACACUGCCCUCUGCCCUGCACUUCGCAUCUUCGCUGCUGCUCACACGGGCCGGUGCCAAUGUGCAUGAGGCCUGCACCUUUGACGACACCUCUGAGGGUGCCGUGCACUAUUUCUACGACGAGAGCGGUGUGCGGCGCUCCUAUACCUUUGGCCUGGCUGGAGGUGGCUACGAGAACCCUGUGGGACAGCAGGGGGAACAGGCAGCCAACGGGGCCUGGGACCGCCACUCACACUCCUCCAGCUUCCACUCUGCUGAUGUCCCUGAGGCCACAGGAGGCCUGAACCUGCUACAGCCAAGGCCUGUGGUUUUACAGGGCAUGCAGGUGCGCCGGGUGCCCCUGGAGAUACCAGAGUUUGACCUGCUGGACCAGGACUCCCUGCACGAAUCCCAGGAGCAGACCCUGAUGGAGGAGGCACCACCCCGUGCCCAACACAGCUACAAAUACUGGCUUCUUCCUGGCCGCUGGACCUCUGUGCGCUAUGAACGUCUUGCCCUGCUGGCCCUGCUGGACCGGACUCGAGGGGUGAUGGAAAACAUCUUCGGAGUUGGCUUGAGCAGCCUGGUUGCUUUUCUGGGCUACUUGCUGCUGCUCAAGGGCUUCUUCACCGAUAUCUGGGUUUUCCAGUUCUGCCUGGUCAUUGCCUCCUGCCAAUACUCACUACUCAAGAGCGUGCAGCCUGAUGCAGCGUCUCCCAUGCACGGCCACAACUGGGUGAUUGCGUACAGCCGGCCUGUCUACUUCUGCAUCUGCUGUCUGCUCAUCUGGCUGCUGGAUGCCCUGGGCUCAGCUCAGCCCUUCCCACCUGUGUCCCUCUAUGGCCUCACACUCUUCUCUGCCUCUUUUUUCUUCUGUGCCCGAGAUGUGGCUACUGUGUUCACCUUGUGCUUCCCAUUUGUCUUCCUGCUGGGCCUCCUGCCCCAGGUCAACACCUGCCUCAUGUACCUGUUGGAGCAAAUAGAUAUGCAUGGCUUUGGGGGCACAGCUGCCACCAGCCCACUUACUGCACUCUUCAGUCUCACCCGCAGCCUGCUGGCUGCUGCCCUGCUUUACGGCUUCUGCCUCGGGGCCAUCAAGACUCCUUGGCCAGAGCAGCACGUUCCUGUCCUCUUCUCCGUCUUCUGUGGUCUCCUGGUGGCACUGUCCUACCACCUGAGCCGACAGAGCAGUGAUCCCACUGUGCUGUGGUCUCUGGUCCGGAGCAAGCUCUUCCCUGAACUGGAGGAGCGGAGCCUGGAGACAGCCCGGGCUGAGCCCCCAGACCCAUUGCCAGAGAAGAUGCGCCAGUCGGUGCGCGAGGUCCUGCACUCCGACCUGGUGAUGUGUGUGGUGAUCGCUGUGCUCACCUUCGCCAUCAGUGCCAGCACUGUCUUCAUCGCCCUGAAGUCGGUGCUGGGCUUUGUGCUGUAUGCGUUGGCCGGAGCCGUGGGCUUCUUCACACAUUACCUGUUGCCGCAGCUCCGCAAGCAGCUGCCCUGGUUCUGCCUCUCACAGCCUGUGCUGAAGCCGCUGGAGUACAGCCAGUAUGAAGUGCGGGGUGCUGCCCAAGUGAUGUGGUUUGAGAAGCUCUACGCUGGCCUGCAGUGUGUCGAGAAGUACCUCAUCUAUCCUGCCGUGGUGCUCAAUGCUCUCACAGUGGACGCCCACACUGUCGUCAGUCACCCGGACAAGUUCUGCCUCUACUGCCGGGCGCUGCUGAUGACUGUGGCUGGGCUGAAGCUGCUGCGCUCGGCCUUCUGCUGUCCACCCCAGCAGUACCUGACCUUGGCCUUCACUGUCCUACUCUUCCACUUCGACUAUCCACGUCUCUCCCAGGGCUUCCUGCUUGACUACUUCCUCAUGUCCCUACUCUGCAGCAAGCUGUGGGACCUGCUGUACAAGCUGCGUUUUGUGCUGACCUACAUUGCGCCCUGGCAGAUCACCUGGGGCUCGGCCUUCCACGCCUUUGCCCAGCCUUUCGCCGUGCCCCACUCGGCCAUGCUGUUUGUCCAAGCCCUGCUCUCGGGGCUCUUCUCCACGCCACUCAACCCGCUGCUAGGCAGUGCUGUGUUCAUCAUGUCCUACGCCAGGCCUCUCAAGUUCUGGGAGCGCGACUACAACACUAGACGUGUGGAUCAUUCCAACACCCGCCUGGUGACACAGCUGGACCGGAACCCUGGAGCUGAUGACAACAACCUUAACUCCAUCUUCUACGAGCACUUGACGCGCUCACUGCAGCACACGCUGUGUGGGGACCUGGUGCUGGGCCGCUGGGGCAACUACGGCCCUGGCGACUGUUUUGUCCUGGCCUCUGACUACCUCAAUGCGCUGGUGCACCUUAUCGAGGUUGGCAAUGGCCUUGUCACCUUCCAGCUGCGUGGCCUUGAGUUCCGGGGUACAUACUGCCAGCAGCGUGAGGUGGAGGCCAUCACUGAAGGGGUGGAGGAGGACGAGGGCUGCUGCUGCUGUGAGCCUGGCCACCUGCCACGCGUUCUGUCCUUCAACGCUGCCUUCGGGCAGCGCUGGCUGGCCUGGGAGGUGACAGCCAGUAAGUACGUUCUGGAGGGUUACAGCAUCAGUGACAACAACGCCGCCUCCAUGCUGCAGGUCUUUGACCUCCGCAAGAUCCUCAUCACCUAUUAUGUCAAGAGCAUCAUCUACUAUGUGAGUCGCUCCCCAAAACUGGAGGCCUGGCUGAACCACGAAGGCAUCACGGCUGCCCUGCGCCCUGUGCGGGCCCCUGGCUAUGCUGACUCAGACCCUACCUUCUCCCUGAGCGUGGAUGAGGACUACGACCUUCGCCUCUCUGGCCUCUCGUUGCCUUCCUUCUGUGCCGUGCACCUUGAGUGGAUCCAGUACUGUGCCUCUCGGCGCAGCCAGCCCGUGGACCAAGAUUGGAACUCGCCACUGGUCACGCUGUGUUUUGGCCUGUGUGUGCUGGGCCGCCGGGCCCUGGGGACAGCCUCACACAGCAUGUCUGCCAGCCUGGAGCCCUUCCUCUACGGCCUGCACGCCCUCUUCAAGGGGGACUUCCGCAUUACGUCCCCACGUGAUGAGUGGGUCUUUGCUGACAUGGACCUGUUGCACCGUGUAGUGGCACCUGGGGUUCGCAUGGCCCUCAAGCUUCACCAGGACCACUUCACGUCCCCAGAUGAAUAUGAGGAACCAGCAGCCCUGUAUGAUGCCAUCGCAGCCAACGAGGAACGGCUUGUCAUCUCGCAUGAAGGUGACCCAGCCUGGCGGAGUGCCAUCCUCAGCAACACGCCCUCACUGUUGGCGCUACGGCAUGUCAUGGAUGAUGCCUCUGACGAGUACAAGGUCAUCAUGCUCAACCGGCGCCACCUCAGCUUCCGUGUCAUCAAGGUGAAUCGGGAGUGUGUGCGCGGCCUGUGGGCUGGGCAGCAGCAGGAGCUGGUGUUCCUUCGCAACCGCAACCCCGAGCGUGGCAGCAUCCAGAAUGCCAAGCAGGCACUCCGCAACAUGAUCAACUCCUCUUGUGACCAGCCUCUGGGCUACCCCAUCUACGUGUCACCACUUACCACCUCACUGGCCGGCAGCCACCCCCAGCUGCGGGCGCUGUGGGGCGGCCCCAUCAGCCUGGGCGCCAUUGCCCGCUGGCUCCUGCACAGCUGGGAGAGGCUUCAUAAGGGCUGUGGCGCUGGCUGCAAUAGUGGUGGGAAUGUGGAUGACUCGGACUGCGGUGGGGGCGGCGGCCUGACCUCCCUCAGCAAUAACCCCUCCUUGGCACACGCCAUGCCUGAGAACACAGCAGGCAGUGGCGACCAGCCUCUCCCACCAGGCCCUGGCUGGGGGCCACGACCCUCCCUGAGCAGCUCUGGUGACGGACGGCCCCCUCCACUGCUGCAGUGGCCUCCCCCUCGGCUCCCAGGACCACCCCCUGCCUCACCUGCUCCCACCGAGGGUCCUCGGCCCUCCCGGACCCCUGGCCCUGGUCUUCUCAGUUCUGAGGGGCCCAGUGGGAAGUGGAGUCUAGGGGGUCGAAAGGGGUUGGGAGGAUCUGAUGGAGAGCCAGCCUCAGGGAGCCCCAAAGGAGGCACCCCUAAAUCUCAGGCGCCUCUAGACCUCAGCCUCAGCCCCGAUGUCAGCUCCGAGGCAUCACCCCCCAGAGCAGCCCAGGACAUUCCUUGCUUGGACAGCAGUGCUGCCGAGAGUGGCACACCUACUGGGGCUCCUGGUGACUGGCCUGUCCCUGUGGAGGAGCGAGAGAGCCCAGCUGCCCAGCCCUUGUUGGAGCACCAGUACUGAGUGGCUGGUGCCCACUGGAUUCCAUCCUAGGAUCAGUAACUUGGACCCCUUCGGUGUUGCCUCUGGCCCUCUGUUGGAUCAUGGACCUGAGUGGCUUUGGCUUCCUUGUCUGAACCCUGACCUCCGGCUGCCUCAGCCAGAGUACCAGAACUGAAUGGCCCAGACAUCUGAUCUUGACCCCAGAUCUCUCACCCCUAAUACAUGGCCUGAGUGCCCCAAAGUGAGGCAGGCAGCCUCCUAGCCAGGUCCUAAGAGCCAAACCCAUGGGCUGGUCCCGCUUUGAGCCUGUGGCCAGGACUGACUCAGCCCCUGGGUCUGCACUGCUGGCAGAGCUGGUCCCCAGGCCUGGACCUGGGGCUUGAAAUGUGGUGAGGGUUGUUUCUUUUUCUUCCUUUCUUUUUAUUUUGUUUUGUUUUCUUUCUUUUUUUUUUUUUUUUUUUUUUUGUGCUUCAA